AUGACCUCGUGGGCGGCUUUGAACGUGAUCAGUCCGAGCGCCGCCCGAGACAGCCGCGCGGCGCUCGAGCACGCGACCGACGAGGCUCAGGAUGCAGAGCAAACGGCCAUGUACGAGCACGCGCUGCGCUGCCAGCAGCGGCACGAGCACGCCACCGCCAAGACGGUGUACUUGGCGCUCCUUCACAGCACCUAUCGCGCGCCGGACCGGUUGGCCUACUUGUGCUAUAAAAACCUCGCGAGUAUGGAGUAUGAGGUGCAAUCAUUCGAAGACGCGCUGCCGUCGUUCAGCAAAGCGCUGUCGCUGGACGCAACGGAUGUGGUCGUGUGGUACCACAUGGCUACAUCCGCCGUCGAAACUGGCAAGUUGUGGCUGGCCCGCAGGACACUGGAAGAAGGGUUCAAGGUGGACGCGACGUACUGGCCGCUGGUCGAGACGCUGGCGCUCGUGCUGCACGUGCUGCGGGACGAACGCGCGUACGAGCGCGUGGCGCAGUAUCUUCGAGAGCAGGACCCCAAGUGCGCUGUCGUGCGAGUGAUUGACUCAGUGCGGUGGUCGGACGUUGCGCUAGAGACGGAGAGGGGGCUGAAGAUGCUGACAGCGUCGCAUGCUGACAAGUUGUUGCUAAGACGAGCACUUGAGAGACUGCGGCAUGUGCAGGAGAUUGUCGAGCGAGGGACGAAACGACGGCGAGAGCUAGAGGGAGCGAGGGAAGACAGGAGGAGGAAGAAGAUGAAACGAGGGAGGACAUAUACGUUGCUGCAGGCGUCGUGGACGAAGCUGGGCGAGCUGCUGCUGGAAGCUUUCGACGAGAUAUGUCGAGACGUCGAGGCCCACGUGUUGCAGACAGAAGUGGAGAUCCGAGUUGGAUUUUGUGAUGUUCAGGCCCAGCGUGAUGCAGCUGAAGGAGCUGAAGGAGCCACGGAGAAGGUGGAUAAGGAUUUGAAGAUAUCUGAGGACCUGCCGCUGAAAGAGGGCGUGCAGCUGAAAGAGUCGGUAGAAGUCGCUGCUGGUGCGGUUGUUGAGGCUUCGUUGUUGACAGAGACUUCAGAUAAUGAUACUCAGGACAGCGGUAAGUACACGAGCGAAGUGAUGUGGGAUCAGCCUAGACGACGAAAGUCUCGUCGGCACGAAAAACGGCUGUGGCAAGAGCAAGUUGCCGCGGUCAAAAGAGCUCGUGAACAAGACUUGGCAUAUCGCUUGCGAGCUUUUCUUCCGUCGAAAACGGGGGGUGACGAUAGAAAGGCGAUGCCAGAAUCGGUCUUGAACGAGUGGGUCCCUCCGCUAAAUGUCGAACACGUCGAUGGAAAGUUUUGCAUUUCAAAUACGAAGAAGGAAGUGCUCACCGAAAUGAAAUCCUUUACGACAUCUACAGGGAAGCCUACGAUUCGUUCUGAUCAAUCGUUUCCAUGGACAUAUUCCCGGAUUCAGACAGCACAAGAGAUGCCACUUCGAGCAGAAGCUGUGACAGCGAGGCAGAUUGCAUCUUUUAUCACUGAAAACGAUGGUGGGAAUGUGCGGUCUAGUGUAAUAGUUGACUGGGUGCGACAGUACCUCAAUCAAUGCGGCCAAUGGUCGCUAUCACACCUUGGUGGUGAUGACGGAGAGAUCCACAAAGUCUGUGCAUGGCUGGAAAGAGCAUUAGACGGAGAUUUGGAUAUUGCCACAUCAGUGACUACCGCACGGCCAAGUGUCAUCAAUGUUGCUGAUCACUCUCUCAUUCAAAAUAGUCGCUUCGCGAGAAAUGGAUUAUCACCUAGCGCUCGUCUUUUUCUGCUGGAGCUUCGUUUCGAUGCGCUUCUGCAGCAGUCCAUUCGUGGCCGAAGAGGACGUAAAGUAAAAACGCUGCUGGAGACCCAGCUGGCUCAAGCCGAAAGGCUUUUGUUUGAGUUCGGUUGGCUGGAAGACGCAGAAAAUGCAGUCUAUGGCCCUUGCAGAGGUGAGCUUUCGCGAUUGCUUUGGCUUCUAGCGCGAAUGCACGAGCGAUGUGGAAAUCGUCGAAUGGCUCAGCACUACUUUGUGCAGUGCAGAGAGAAACUAGUAGGUCUCAACAACGAAGGCGACGAAAGUGCAGGUCUCCCUUUUCGACUGUAUUUACCUAAUCAAAGCGCAGGCCGCGCAAUUACGUUGGAGCAGUUAGACGAGAACAUAUCAGGACUGCGGCUUUCUGACGUGUAUUCUGAAGCUCGAGGCUUUUUUGAAGCUGGAAACUACGAUCACGCGGCGUCGGCUUUGUUAGAGCACUUCUUCCCUUGCGAUCAAGAGCCGCGCGUAACGGAUUUCCUGAACGAAUUUCGAUCUGACGACGACGAGCUUUCUGCAGCUAGUGGAAGCGAUAAGCUUUUUGAAAUGAUGCUCACUUCGCUUGGACAAAGCUCCAUGUAUUCUAACGAGGACUCGAUAUUGUUUUUGCUGACAACUCUGUAUCAUGUGAUCGAGUUUUUGGAUCGCUCUGCUGUGAAGAAGGAGCUCGAUUUGAGCACCAAUGUGUCUGAUAAAGCAUGCACGAAUGCUUUUUCGACAAUGAGCUUCUUGCUGACGCAGCUCACCCAAGAUGAGCUUAGGCAUCUCACAAACACUGACCACCUGUUGUUGCUACGUGGCUUAUGCGUAAAAUGUUUGGAGCCAUCAAUAUUGUUUCGUUUUGAUUCCCCGAAUACGAUUCUGUCUAUGAUACGUGUUGCAUUGGAAGUCGAUGAAGAAAGGGCAUCGGAAACACACGACAUUGGUGUUAGUGUGCAGCGAACGAUUGGAGUAGAUGCCAUGGCUCGCCUAUUGUACGUGAUUAGAUCCCUGUCAGGUGACGAUUUUCGGGGCUUGUUGGCGUCAGUACCGCACCCAGCUAAGAGAAAGCUAGCGCGUCGUGACCGCGUUCGAGUAGUCGUCAUUGAGCUGCUACGAUUUUUGAAUCGAGCCUUUCGUGAUGGUGGCGAGAUUGUGUUGCUAUUUCCAUUGCACAAGCGGUCUGCUUUGAUGGACUUAUGCAGCAUAUUGAUGAAGGAAGAAGAAGAAAAGGUAGCGCAAAGUGAUAGCAAAACGCCGAGGCAGAUGUUUGGCAAUGGAGCCAUUUUGUUCUUGCAGUUGUAUGAAAGCCUUUCACGGCCGAAAUCAACAACGUUGCCGACGCAAUUAGUAGAGCUGAUACAUCUCCUCCACAUGAGGCUUGGGCAGUAUGGCAUUUGCGGCCUUGCUUACUUGUCUGACAUUACUCCUGCUGGAGAUUUGCGAAAGUGCUCGUGCUUUCUCGAAACAUGUGCGGUGCUGCUGAGCAAGUGUGUACAACAAGGACACUUUCGGGACGCUGAAAAAUGUGCAAAGACGUCAGACACGGACAUUGACGGACAAGAUGAGGCAGAGGCAGGUCUGAGGGAAGACGGAGUCAAUUUCGAGCGUGAGCUAUGCCAGUGCUAUCGUUGUUUGUACGAUGUGCAUAUAUUGCCCGGAUGCGAUGACCACAAGACAGGGGCCACCUUUGCUUCACUCCACGACGCUAAGUUGCCUACCAAACACGAGGACGCGAUGCGGCUCAUUCGCUUCGCUGUACCGGUGCUUUUGGCUACAAAGGCGAAAAACAAUGGGCAAAAGAAGGAACGACUGAAGUUGCUUUACGCAUUGCGAGACGCUCUUUCCGACUCCGACAUCGCUGCUCUCGUCGCGCAACCAGUCAAUAUAUCUUCCUCCUUGCAAGCAUACUUGGCCCCGAGAGGCCUGUUGCGGGAGGACGCUACGCCACCAUUUUCACUUGAUGCCGGCAGCAUCUUGGAAAAAGCACCAGAUGAAGAGUGCGUUAGUCAUUUGUGGUAUUUGCUGGGUGCCAAUUACAUUCUUGGGCGGGUCAAACGACGAGGGAAGCUUGAGGAGCUAAUAGAAUUCGAGCAACGAGUACAAGAGCGAGUGGAAUGUCUGACAAAAGAUGUUUUGUACUGUCACCCAGACCGAGUAGACACAUGGAUGCACUUGGGAAAGACGAUGAAGGAAUUGUAUCAUGCUGCAACAGAUGCAUUUGCAGCUACACUUGGACAAAAGCUACGAGUCCAAGCAGUCCAGUGGUAUACGAGCAAGAAACUUGAUUUGGACGUAGAGCCUUUGCAAGGACAAUAUACUCGAAGUAAUUUGGACGUGUAUUCAUUUCAAAAUGUCGUUCUGCAGUGGGGCUUGUUCAAAAGGCUGAAGUCCUGGCAAGGUAGAUUUGUCGAUCUACAGAAGACGGGCGGCAAGGUUUCAUCUCCGGAGGAUUCGAACGAGAAGAUGAACGAUGACGAUGCCCGAGACCAGCUUUAUCGAAGCGAGGCUCCUAUUGAAGAGUACGCUACGAUCUAUAUCUUCCAAGUGGUUGAGUUUGCUAGGCGUUGUUUUGAUAUGGCUGCGCAACUGGCCGGCGGGGCUGCUAAGAAACAGUACCCACGGCAGUUUGGCAAGCACGACAAGGCUGCCAGCGAUGCCGUGGGUGACGUGAACAUCCUCGAUGGAGAGCUAAAUAGCUCACGGCGCAUCGUUCUCGAGUGUAACGAAGAGUGCGGUUUGCUGCUGUUUAAUCUCUUACAAGAAUUUUCGUUGAUCAAGGAGAUGAACGAUGAACUUUUUCCGCUCGAGUGGUAUUCGCGUUUGAUCGACAAGACGCUAGCCUAUUUUCAAAGAGGGUGGAAUUUGUGCUCACUCAAUGAAAUUGCUCACGAAGAUCAUUUCCGUCUACAAUACAUGAUUGGUAAAACGUUGAAAAAGAGACGUUGGUGUGAGCUUCGUCAACACAAUCGAUCUGACCCAGAGGCGCUAUCAACAGCAAAAGAUGUGGCAAGUUGUUACUCAAGAGCUGAGUCAGCUCGUGAAGUAGAAGACAGGGAACACGCUCUUGUCCAUGCGUUCCACUCUCUACAAGCGCUGCGAAUAGAGCUUACAACAUGCGAAGCGCCGUCCGUGUCGGCACUCCGCUUGGUUUGCAGUCAUUUCUACGAAGGGAUGGAAAAAGGAGCUGAAGAAGAAGAGAAUGAUGGAAGUGUGGCAGGCGCCACCUCUUUCCAACAAAGCGAUGAAGAGAAUAGCAGACAGGAAGAGAUAGCGUUGACUACUCCGGAAACUGUCGAUCAAUGCACCACUGCGGCUCCUGACACCAAUUGUGCCAACUCUGCUAAGAAGGAUGAAAUAUUAGCACUGCUGACGGCUGCUGAAGGUAACGAUGCGGUCCGUGAGCUGAACGUCACGCUCGCACAGGGUUGGCUUGUGCUGAAUAUUAUUGAGGCCCUGGAGUCGAUUCCGGAUGAGGAUCGGUAUUUCCAUCCCUCGCGGUAUAAGCUCGCGCGGAUCGUGUAUUGGUUGUCACCCUUUUACUCGGCUGUGGAGCAGAGCGAAUACAAAGGCGACAGCAUCGAUGCCCUCCUCGAUGCCGUGCGGGCGUACCAUCGUAAAGACAAAGUCGAGGGCUUCUGUGUGGCGGCUGCACGGGCGCUGAAAGAAAUGGCUCCGAUUUUUGACAAACGACGUCCCCAGAUUGUAGCGAUUUGGUUCUCGGAGUACAUUCCGAUCGCGAAGAAAUUUGAAGAACUGAAGCAGCGACAAAUGAAGUAUGACUACUACCGUCUCAAGUACUGGCGCUUUUUUAUUGCGUUGCUUGAGGAAAACGCAGAGUACGGAAGGCUGAAGGAGGUGGGGACCUGGUUGCUAGCGUGCAAAGAAGAUCACGAUGUGAUUGAUAUCAUGCUCGGCAUUCUGCUCCAUGCGCGAGGUCAGGUGCUUCGACCGCGUCUACUAGAGGUGCUGGACCACGCAGAGAGCGUUGGUAUUGGACCAGGAAUCGACGCGGCGUCGCAGGCACAUUUACUUGGCGAGGACCGUUUGGCCAGGGAAGUUCUCCAGGAACUGGCCAAAGCUUACACUUACUUCUUGGAAGUGUUGAAUGCUCAGCAACGACUGACACGUGUCAUGGAUAACUGCGGGUUGUUGCUUGAGAAGGCUGAGCUCUCAGUAGCUGCGCUGUUUUUUGUAGGUGUGAUGAAGUGCCCAUCGGAGAUGGUGUUGCUACAAGAGGACGCAGCGAUCGCGGACCACGAAUUUCGAACCAACGUCUCAGUGCUCAAGGGAGCUCUUUUUCGGCAUGAAUUGCCUCCCCGCAUCUACGACGCCCAGGGUCAAGAAGCGUGGGAGGUUUACUCUACUGCUGCACGUUCGUUCUGUGAGAAAAAGUGGCCCGAGCGCUUGGGCAAGAGCAAGUCCGUGAAAAAGCUGUCGCGGCCAAGGACUAUUGGUACUGUUACAUCAGCGCUUGCCGACAGCAGUAGUAGCACUUUUGCAAGCGCAAGUGAAGCUCGACCGGAUCAAGUUUGUGACUGA